GAACGUGCAGCGCCACAGGUGAUCCACACUACAGGACGUUUGAUGGUAAAUUGUUCCACUAUGAAGGCAGAUGUAGUUACGUCCUAUCAGAAGAUGUUGAUAACACAUUCAAAGUUUACUCUGAGAAUGAACCAUGUAAUGGUGGCAGAUUUGCGUGUACAAAAGCAAUUACAGUCAAAGUUAAAGAAUUAACCAUGCAUGUUGCACGAGGUGGUAAUGUGACUGUGUUUGGUAUUGCUGUUAGAUUACCAUACAAAAAACAAGGUAAUUAA